AUGUUUAACGCCAACCUAUUAAUAAUGUAUGGCUUCGACCGGUGCACUGAUGGCGACCAGUCUUUAACACUACUUCAGUACUCUGUAAAGGGUGACCAACUUUUCUGGGAUUACUGUCUAUACCUCAUGAUCUCAUAUUUGGUGCUCAAGUGCUCAGAAUUUGUAAUUCUUAUGAUUAAAGCCAAUAAGGUUUCCAUUAAGCGAUUGUGCGCUAAAAGACGUAAAAAUAAUCAAGAAUUUGAAGUAUUUGGUGAUUUAGACGCAAAUAAUGAUGAUAUCAAUGUGUUAGACAUGGAUGAUAAGAGCCCAGACAUUAAAAAAGAAGUCGCGGAGCCUUUCACUGUAGACUCAAAUAUAAUGAUAGUAUGGGUGGACAUGACGUUUGAGAUACGGCCUAAACCUUGCGCCAAAACACGAGUUAUUUUGAAUAGCAUUAGCGGUGCUAUAGAGUACGGGUCACUCAAUGGACUCAUGGGUCCGAGUGGGUCCGGAAAGACAUCUCUAAUGAGAUGUCUGAAUGGCAGACAGAGUCGGAUGUGGAGCUCCGGUACCCAAGUGUUUGUCAACUCCAGUGAACCCAUUGUCUCGUGUUUUGUCACUCAGAAUACGUGCGAACAUCUGCUCAACGGUCUGACCGCCAAACAGACGCUAAUCUAUGCCUCGAAACUCAAAAAUAGUCGCAAUUUCACGAAAAAUACUUAUCAUUCACUCAUCAAUACUGUCGACGAUUUGAUGGAUGAGCUGAUGAUCAGACACAUUGAGAACACUUCAGUAGAGCUGUGCUCAGGAGGUGAACAGAAACGUCUGGUCAUUGCCUCAGAACUGACAUCUUAUAAGAAACCAAACCUCUUAUGCAUUGAUGAGCCGACCAGUGGCCUGGACUCGGAUGCGGCCGAAGUGGUCAUCAAAUGUCUGAAAGGACUGACCCGUAAGCACAGGAUCUCAAUCAUAGCGUCUAUACAUCAGCCAAACAACGAGUUAUUCCUUAUGUUUGACACAAUCCAUGUGUUGGCGAAGGGAGGGGUCGGCGUGUAUUCCGGUGCUCCCUAUCGGCUGAGACAACGGCUCACGGAUUGCCAACUCGAUUGUCAGGAUUAUGAGGCGCCCAUUGAGAAAGUGCUGAAACACUCGGCACAGGGAGUCAGCGAUGAAUACAUGUCGCGAAUGCAUAGAAAACAACACGAAUUGAGAGAAAAGUUGCUCAGAAUUUGCGAUAAGAAUAAUGAUAUGGUUUUGACGGCCAGUCCUCUGCAAAUGAAAUCCAAAAUAUUUAAUUUCAUAGACUUUUGGUACCUAUUGUUACGAACGAUGCGAAUCCAGUAUUUGUCGCAAUGGAAAGCACUGGUCAUCCAGUUUGCUGUCUGCGUAUUCAUAGCCCUUCCCUUCUCCCGGUCCCUCAACGAGGAUAUGGUGAACCCGGACUCCUGUAUGCCGAUCGCCAACAUUACGGCAGUGGACACCACGUGUCUCAAUGAUCCCGAAGAGUUUUUCCUCGGGGAGAGUCUCUUAUCGCAAAAUGUUAAAUACAAUCUCGUGUUCAUGACUCUCGUCACGUACUUGCAGAUCGUGGUCACCCCUCUCACCUUUACUUCAGAUGUCAACAUAUUCAUCAAUGAACAGAGGAAUGGUUGGUAUAGUAGUGGUGCCUACUAUUGGGCCAAAUCAACGGUAGACAUGUUUCCCGUAAUACUAACUCUACUGCCGUUCAUCGGUAUAAUGAAUAAAUAUAAGUCGAUUACCAAGUUUUUCGCAUACCUGGGCUUUCUAUCCGUGUCCACACUAUGCUCCCAAAAUGUGGGCCAUAUCGCGGGCAUAAUAUUCAGCAAUGAUAGCAAACAGGCCCUG